AUGAACUAUGCCACCUCUGGGCAGCAUUUGCGAUGGCCUCCGUAUCCCCGGUAUACAUACAAUCAAUGGAAGACGGAACUCGAGAACGGCUUCGAUCCAAACACGACAUGGGCCGGUUCCAACGAUCGAUCGCCUCUCUUCAUCGCAGUUCUCACAGGCGAUAUCAAUCUGACGGCACUCCUGUUGAACUACGGCGCCCAAACCGAAGAUUACAACGACAACGGCAUGACAGUCCUCCACGAAGCAAUCCUCAAGGGCCAUGAAGAAAUCGCAAAACUUCUCCUGCGCUGUGGAGCUAAUCCUAACCUCCCGAUCAUCCGGCCCAUCUCUCGCUUUCCUCCUCCCUUCUAUCCCGGAUCCACAGCCCUUCAUCUCGCCGUACUCGAGGGCCUUCUAGACGUGGCUAGGUGUCUGAUGCAUCACGGCGCGGACUCACAGGCUAUGACGCUCGUAGGCUGGACGCCGGUCGACGUCGCGGUUCUGGGCCGGCAGACAUCAAUGCUGGAGAUCCUACUGGACGGGUGCAAGUUCGAGCUUUUCGAAUACGGAGGCCAGAGAGACGAGUCAUCAGAGGAGGGUGAAGUAGAGAUCACGCGCCAUCUCCUCGAGAACGGGAUUCGGGGAACGGGUGCCAGGCACGUGUGGUUCUAUCGAUGCCAGCUGUGCCGCCUUCUCAGCGACCCGUCUAUCGCGGAGCAAGGUAGUAGUCAACUGGCGCGAUUCUUGAUCCGUGAGAUGAGUGAUUGUUUGAUGAAGCGGGCCCGGAAACCGUGUCAAAUGACGUGGGACAGGAAGUUGUGCGAAGCAUGUGAGACUUUCGAGACGCUGGACUCGGAUAAUGUCUUCAACGCCUUCGAACACAGCCCGAACGAGGCCGCCUUGGCGCUCUCCGCGAAUAAGGGGUGUAACUUCUGCCAGUUCCUUCUCGACGCCUUGCAGAACCACCCCGACCCUUCGCCAAUACAAGAGAAUUGGCUAUGGCAACAGUUCGGAUACGACUCGAAGGUCAGCCUCCGCAUCGAGAGGAAACCGUGGCGUCAGGGGUAUAAGAUGCGGAUCAUGUGCGGCGAGUCCGCUUCGACCGUGAAACUCGACUACGUAUCAAGACAGAUCAACGAAGCCGUGGCGAACACCGCCCCCUCGGACGUGGGCGGGACUGGUUCGGACAGAAGCUUCGCCAUCGCGAACGCCUGGCUGAGGGGAUGUCAAGACGACCACCCAUCAUGCUACCACCCUACGGAGCUAGGCCAGCUUCCUACUCGAGUCAUCGACGUCGGCUCCGAGUCCAGUCCCCCGUAUCUGUACCUCACAGCACGAGAGCGGAUUCCAUACGCCGCGUUGUCGUAUUGCUGGGGCGGCCAAGGAAACACCCGCCUCCUCUCCACGAACGCAGAUGAAUACCGCACCCGCUUACCCUCCGAAUCACUCCCUCGUACCAUAUCCGAAGCCAUCGAGAUCACGCGUAGGAUGGGCGUGCGGUAUCUCUGGGUAGACGCGCUGUGUAUCAUGCAAGACUCCACCUCCGAUCUUGAACAGGAGCUCUCUCGGAUGGGCGAUAUCUACUUCAACGCGUGGCUCACCAUCGCCGCCAAAGACUCCGCCGAGUCCUCGCAAGGCUGCUUUCGCGAGAGGGACUGGCACAGUAGCGCGCUCGUACCGUUGAAUCUCCGACUUCCCGAGAGGGUCGCGCAGAGCAGGCUUCAGGACCAGGGCGACACCUGGCUGACCCGCGCGCCGCUCGUCAACACGCGGACGUCCGGCGUGAACAGGCUCAUGGCGAUGCCGAGGUGCAGAGCUUCGCCCCAGGAAACCCCGAUCCUCGAGACCCGGGGCUGGACGUUACAAGAGGAGUUGUUAUCACGCCGGAUGCUCAUUUUCGGCAAGGACGAGGUGAGCUGGGUGUGUCUCGAGACGGCGUGCUCGGAGCGCAGACAGACGGACGUGGAGGUACGGUCCGACUCGACGUGGCAGAAUAACUGCCGGCGCAUCGUGAGCCAGGGAGUCGAGGAUAACCGGACGACGUUCAAGGUGUCGAGGCCGCAGGUCUGGGCGUACUGGCUCGAUACGGUAGAGAGCUUUUCCCGCCGCAGGCUCUCCGAUAGGAGGGACAAGGUCGUGGCGUUGGAGGGUGUGCAGCGCGCCAUCGGGGUGUGUCUGAACGAUGAAUGGCUGGCUGAUGCCGGUGAGAUCGGUUACUAA